AGCACGAACUCAACGGCGAACGGAUUCAGCGGAUCUUGGAGCUGCUUAAAUUCCACUGCGUCAAAAAUCAGAGGAACCGUUACCUACUGUCUGCUCUUCAUCGUUUCACUGGCCGUAAAUUCUCUCAUUGUUAUGAUCGUUUAUAAAACGCCGAACUUAAAAAAACCGAUAGAUUAUUUCAUCGCAAACAUGGCUUCAUCUGAUUUGCUGUUUCCAAUAUUCUCGAUACCUUGGAACCUGUCACACUUGCACACCAACUCGUGGCUUAUCGGUGGUCAGCUUGGUCAGGCCUUGUGUAAGCUUCUCCCUUUCUUUGGUAACGUUUCCUUGGUCGUUUCGAUUCAGAAUCUGACUCUGAUAGCAGUGGAUCGCUUUGGAGCCGUGGUGUUUCCACUCCGUUCACCACUCAUCAGAUCCAAGCUGUGUCCCUUCUUCAUUCUCACAAAAAAGGGUAGUUGCCAUAGCGGUCAGUUCGCCAUACUUGUUCACUUACGAGCUCGUUGAAUACCCGGAGGGAACCAGGUGUGCUCUGGAAUGGAAGAAAGUAUUCGGAGAGUUCUCAUCCGUUGCCAGUUUCGUACUAGCUUACUACAUUCUGUUUAUAUACAUACCUGUGCUGUUGCUAGUCAUUCUUUACUCCAUCAUUGUUAUCAAGCUCAAGACACAGGUACACCCAGGUGAACAGUCCGCCAACACUCAGAAACAGCGGAACAGAAGAAAAAGAAGCGUGCUUCAAAUGUCCAUUGCUAUCGUAACAGUGUUUGGGCUUUGCUGGUUACCGAACGUUACCAACCAUUUAAUCAUACGGUAUCAGGACACUUUCACGCAUUUAUCGUGUAGUUUCUGGAUAUACUACGAAGUCACCAUUUAUAUGGCUAACGCGUACUUUGCUCUCAACCCAGUUAUCUGUUUCAUGUUUAGCAGUAAUUACCGAAAAGCUCUUAAAAGACUCAUAAAAUGUUCUUUUGUACAGGCGUAGGUCGCAAAAAUGUGCUUUUUGUUGAUGAUGUUAAGAGUUAGAGGUUCGUGGAACAUGCGCUUGAAUAUCAGUGUAUUUUUGGUAGUAAUUAUCGAAAAAAUCUUAGAAGACUCAUGAAAUGUUGUUUUGUACAGGCGUAAGUCGCAAAAAUAUACUUUUUGUUGAUGAUAUUAAAAGUUAAAGGUUCGUGGAACAUGCGCGUGAAUAAAUGUAUCAUGACUAUCAGUGUAUUUUAGUAAUAAUUAUCGAAAAAAUCUUAGACGAGUCAUAAAAUGUUCUUUUUGUACAGGCGUAAGUCGCAAAAAUGUGCUUUUGGUUGAAUAUGUUAAGGAAAACUCGUGAAUAAAAAAUCCCUACGACUGCCGUCGGAGCACUUAACUGAGGAUUUUAAAUAAGAUGUGUUCAGUUUAAAUCUCCCAUGACGGCGAAAAGUGACAACAUAGCUCUUGUAUUCUAAAAGGUUGGGUGAUAAAUAAAACCCAGAGACGGAUCAUGAAAAUUAAAGUUUAAAAAGUUUGAAUUUUAACUAAUCGCCGCGAUAAAUACUGUGUUGUACAGAAGGCGCGCAGCAAACAUAAAAUCGAGAAUGGGGAACGGAUCGACCCGGCCUGGGAGCUGCUUCAAACAGUUUAAAAAGAAACUACAGAACUACCAUGGUGAAAUUGUUAUACUGUUCGUAGAUGGAAACAUUUCUUGCGCUCUUGAUCACAAGACUCCCUGAUCACUCUUUCUCAGCCGCAAAGUUACACUUCCUCGUGGGACUAGGAGCCACAUUAAAUAUGUUCUUGGCCUGGCGUUGUAUUUUUACCAUCUAUAUGACACAAAUUCAAGAUACGUUUUGAAUAUGCGUAUUUUCAAAUUGGCACUUACAAUAAGCGCAUUUCCAACUAUAGUCCUAUUUGCAUUUAAUAGCAGUGGGUGAUAUUUUUUAACUCUUAUUAAACCGGUUACAACUAACAACACUUGCAUUUCUUAUGGAAAGAAUAAUGGCUUUACAAUAAUUAACAAGAAAAACACAUUUUAGUAUAUUUAAUCGAUUUAAUUUUGUGUCUAGUUUUUGCCAGGGGGAAAAUUUUGUCGGCGGCGCCUUUGAAGAUUGUCCCGUCUCAGACAAAACUGAAAAAAUGCGCGACAAACCAUCCGCAUCAUUUAUUAGGCGUUGAUGAUGACAGGAUAUUUCGCUAUUCAUAAGCUCUCUUUACCUUUUCGCCGAAAGCAAAUUAGUUUUGAAAAUUAGGUUGUAACAUAAAUGACAAUAAACUUCUUUCUCUUUUAAAUGACUCUUGUCAUUAAACGCCCCCUGUUGAAACCCUAAAAUCAUUAAUCGCCCUGGGCGUCUCUAAGAUCAUUUACCGUAUUUAAAAAGAGGGUGGGUUUUCUGUUCAUUAUAUAUAAAUGAAGUGCCACAACAUUAUGGAAAAAGAGAACUGUAGCCAACAAGUAUUGAAGUUUGUGACAAUUAAGACUGAGCACGGCAGUCAAAGGAGUAACAAGCCUUUGCCGCGCCGACAGCAGACUCUUGGUUUUCCCAUUUUAAGCUUGAUCGAGAAGUAUAUGUUCAUAUUCAUGUUCAUUUUUUAUGCACACUUGAUAAUAUGCACUUAUUUUUUCCUCAUAUUCACCUGUUAAACUUGGGCUUAAUGGCCCGAAGGCAGCUUCGCCUCUGCUUCCUGUGGUUAACUGUCAAACUUGUGUAGUUGAUGAUGGUACUACCAAAAAUAUCAUUUCUUAAUGUGUUAAAACACACUUGUUUAAUCAUCUUCUCAAUCUAUAUUUUAAUACAACCACAUGACCUAAAUGAAGUGUUCUGGAUGGUUUAUAACAUUUUAAUAUCCCACUGUUUCAAUUCUGUCAAAAGGUCGGUUGGCGGAUAAUGGCGGAACAUUACAAACAAACUCACUUAUUGAAGGCCUCAGAGGACAGCUGUGCUGUGGCUUCGCAGGGAGCUUGCAAUUGUCAACAAAAGUUCUGCCACUCAAACAGCAUACGCAAUAUACAGAGCAGUAAUUCAAAGUUGUUUGACUUGCAUGUGUACAAUUCCGUAGAUACGUAGCAAAGCUAAGCAUGAACUCAACGGCCAACGGAUCCAGCGGAUCUUGGCCGAACUGCUUCGCUCAGUUAAAUUUCACUGCGUCAAAAUCAGAGGAACCGUUACCUUCUGUCUGAUCAUCAUCGUUUCACUGGCCGCAAAUUCUCUCAUUGUUAUGGUCGUUUAUAAAACGCCGAACUUAAAAAAACCAAUAAAUUAUUUCAUUGCAAACAUGGACAUCUCCGAUCUGCUGUUUCUAAUAUUCUUGAUACCAUUGAACCUGUCCAACUUGCACAACAAUUACUCAUGGCUUAUCGGUGGUCAGCUUGGUCAGGCCUUGUGUAAGCUUGUCCGCUUCUUUGGUGGUGUUAAUUUCCACUGCUGUUUCGAGUCAGAAUCUGAUUCUGAUAGCGGUAGAUCGAUUUGGAUCCGUGGUAUUUCCACUCCGUUCCCCCACUCAUCAGAUCCAAGCUGUGUUCCUUCUUCAUUCUCACCACGUGGAUAGUUGCCGUAACUGUACGUUCGCCAGACUUGUUCGCCGCCAAGAUCGUCGAAACCCCAGAGGGAACCUGGUGUGUUACGAAAUGGGAAAAAGCAUACGGAGGGUCAUUGUCCCUUGCCAGUUUCCUACUAGUUUACUUCAUCCUGUUGAUAUACAUCCCUGCGAUGUUUUUAGUCAUUCUUUACUCCAUCAUUCUUAUCAAGCUCAAGACACAGGUACACCCAGGUGAACAGUCCACCAACACUCAGCAACAGCGGAACAGAAGAAACAGAAACGUGCUUCAAAUGUCCAUUGCUAUCGUAACAGUGUUUGUGUUUUGCUGGUUACCUUACUCUACCAACUUCUUAAUCAUAUUGUAUCAGGACAGGUCCACGUAUUCCUAGUGUAGUUUCGGGAUAUACCGUUAUGUAACCUACUUUAUGGCUUAUGCUUACUGUGCUAUCAACCCGAUUAUCUGCUUCGUUUGGGGUAGCAAUCAUCGAAAAGGUCUCAAAAGACUCAUAAAAUGUUCUUUUGUACAGGCGUAA